UCCUUUAAGUAUGUUUUAAAAUAGCUGCGCAUGCGCAGUGCGGAGUGGUGUGUUUUGACUGGGGCAAUGAGGACAAGUGAGUUUGAUUCAUCUGACGAAGAGGACUUCGGUGAAGAGGAAGCUACGCCUUUUCAGAUCUCAUGGUUGUCUCUGUCAGUGGUGGAGUGUUCCCAGUCUCUUGGCAUUUGUUCCUUACCUGGAUGCAGGUAUAAAGACAUCAGACGAAACCUGCAGAAAGAUGUUGCUGAGAUGUGUGAUCAGGGUGUGGAGGACGUGUUUGUGUUCUGUACCAGAGGAGAGCUGGUGCGCUACAGGGUGCCCUGUCUGUUAGAGGUUUAUUCUCAGAAUGGACUCAGAGUGCACCACGUCCCCUUCCCGGAUGGUUGCACUCCAGAGCUUCCUCAAUGCUGCUGCAUUCUGGAAGAACUGCAGGACUGCCUGCAGAAUCAACGCAAGACUGUCAUACAUUGCUAUGGAGGCCUGGGACGCUCAGGGUUAAUUGCUGCAUGUUUGCUGCUGCAGCUCUCUGUCGCCAUGACGCCCAGCGCUGCUCUAGAGACCCUGAGGGAGCUGAGAGGGGGCGGAGCCAUUCAGACCAUCAAGCAAUACAACUUCCUUCAUGAGUUUCGUGAGAAGUUUGAAGCAUAUCAAGAAACCAAAGAGGGGCUUUCAGAGAGAUCAGUGUCUCGAUGAUACACCUGACAUCCAGAUGAUGUAACAGCAGAUAAAAAGACAAAUGACUUUAAUUGGUGUUUUUGCUCUAUAGAUUUUCUCUACUUUAUGAAUGCAUAUGUUUCUUUUUUGAUGGCACUUUAAAAAGUCUGUAUUUUUAUAAGUCUAUCUAAUAAUAUUGUGCUUAAUAUAUAGCUUUAAUUUUGCAAUUAAAUGGGUCUUGUUCAGUAAGUGAGUCUUAAAGGUGCAGUAAGUGAUUUCUGAGAAACACUGUUGGAAAUUAUCAAGAUCCAAACAAACAAUUUUGUUCUGUGUGUGCUAAAACAAAUUGUGUUUGAACAUAGUCCUGGCCGUGUAAAUAAGGGAAAAACGAAGUGGAUUGGACCGAUCAGACCGAGCCCCAUAAUAAUAGAGGGUUGAUUAUGCUCAUGAUGGGGAGGAGAGAGGGUGAGCAAGCGGGAGGUUUGACUAGACUGUAGAAGAACACAUGGCUUAGACAUUUAUUUACCUAGAACAUAAUUCAGAGGAAUAUCAUUAGAAAAAGAAAGCUUACAAUCAGGCAAACUGUCGGAGCCGGAAAAGCUUUCUGAUGCUGGAGAGACUGAAAGUCAAAAAAGGACACCAGUGACCGAGGUUGCUUUGUUUCCUUUCCAAAUGUAACAUUAGUUUUUGUGUCUGAGAAACUAUGUUGCUUAUGUUAGUGAGGUCAUUUGGAUGGUGUGGUGGAUAAAUCAUUAUGCAGCUGUUUACAAUAAUUCCUGGAAAUUCUUUAUCAAAGAAAUAUAUUGCAUCAGUUACCUGUUAAGUAAACCAAACCUUUUCAUUUAAACAAAGCAAUGCUAAUUGUCAUAAAAUCAAAUAUUCAAAUGCUAUCAUAUUAUUAAAAUAUUAAAAAAGAUUUUUCAUAUAUUUCUUGUUUGCCACAUGGGUGUACUUUUCAAUAAACUAUGACUAAUAUAGCUUUGUGAAAAGCAGUAUCACUGUUGUGUAA